ACAUUUUUCAAAUUGUACUUUGUAAUCUCCUGCAUUCGAGUUUGGACUUUGACUGCCAGAUAAUAUAGAAAUAGAAGCAAAUUAAAACUCAUUUAUUAAAUUAUAUGAGAAUUUCAGUGCUGAGUUGGUAGCAAAAUAUUGAAGACCUGCUAGCAGACCUGUUUCUAAUAGAAUUAUUAAUUUUUGUCGAAAAUGGCUGCCUUAGUAAAAAAUACAUUUAUUGUUGGUGCCAAGAGAACUGUAUUUGGAACCUUUGGAGGCAAGUUGAAGGACUUGCAUGUAACUGAAUUGCAAAGUAUUGCCAACAAGGCUGCACUAGCAUCUGCCAAUGUUAAACCUGAGCAGGUUGAUACUGUUAUUCUUGGAAUUGUAGGAGCUCACGUUGCAUUUGACGCUACUUUAGCUGCUCGCCAUGCCGCUCUUCGUAGUGGCAUUCCAAUUGAAAAACCCGCUUAUUCAGUAAACAGGUUAUGCGGAUCUGGAUUUCAAUCUGUGGUUAAUGGCGUCCAGGAUAUUGAAACAGGUUUCGCUCAAAUCAGUUUGGCAGGAGGUGUAGAGAGCAUGUCCACGUAUCCUCACGUAGCCAGAGGUCUUAGAUGGGGAGUUCCUCUCGGUAAAACUCCUCAAUUGGAAGAUUCUUUAUGGCUCGGACUUGGGGAUUCGUAUUGCAAUAUGUCCAUGGGACUUACCGCUGAGAAACUGGGCGCUCAAUUUAAACUUACCAGAGAAGAGGUUGACCAGUUUGCGCUCAGGUCACAACAAACCUGGAAGGCUGCUCAAGAUGCUGGCAGAUUCAAUGAAGAACUGGUACCGGUACCAGUAAAGGUUAAGAAAGAAAUCGUUAAUGUCUCCGUCGACGAACAUCCAAGACCACAAACGACUAUUGAGGGUCUUUCCAAGCUACCUACUGUAUUCCAGAAAGACGGAAUUGUUACUGCCGGAUCAUCUUCUGGUAUUUGCGAUGGAGCUGGAGCAAUCGUUUUAGCAAGUGAACAAGCCUUGAAGCAAAGCAACCUUAAACCUUUAGCGAGGAUUUUGGCUUAUUCUCUUGUUGGUGUAGACCCCACUAUUAUGGGUAUCGGACCUUCUCCCGCCAUCAAAGCUAUUUUAAAAGCAACUGGAAAGACUUUGAAUGAUAUUGAUUUGGUUGAGAUUAAUGAAGCUUUUGGAGCCCAAACUUUGGCCUGCGCAAAAGAUUUAGGUUUGGACCUGAAUAAAUUGAACGUUAACGGUGGUGCUAUCGCUAUGGGACAUCCGUUAGCUGCUUCUGGUAGUAGAAUUACCGCUCACUUAGUACAUGAACUCAGGAGAAGAAACGCAAAAUUGGGUAUUGGCUCGGCCUGCAUCGGUGGAGGUCAAGGUAUCGCCGUUUUGAUUGAAGCUUUAUAAGAGAAUUUUUUUUAUUUUGAUAUAUUUACAAAUCAAAUGGUGCUACGUAAAAAAAAACAUAGAAUAAGUCUUAAACAAUAAUUAAGUUUUAAAUCGAUUAGAAGACUGCAUUUAAAUACUUUUUUACAUAGGUACCCAUUUUAAGAAAAUUUAAUUAUAUUUGAUUGCUAUAUGGCAGUAAUUUUAUAGUUUUUUUGUCGCAAGUAUUUUUCAUAUAUUGUAUUGUUCUAUUAUGGAAUUUUAAGUAGGUAAUAUAAAAUUGUAAUUUUUUUACUUA